AUGUUUAAUUCUGGUUCAACAUCAACACCGAGUAAUACAAGUCUUUUUGCAACAUUCACACCUGUAAAUCCAAAUCGAACAACAACUAGUUCAUUAUUUGGUAAUACAACAAUAACACAACCUAAUACAUUGACAUCAACACCAUUUGCAUCAACAAGUUUAUUUGGAGCAGCAACUCCUCCGACAACAACUCUUCAAGUUCCAUCAACUGGGACAGGUACAAUACAUAGAUUUGAUGCUGUUCUUGGUGUAGAUAAAAUAAAUAAAAAUGGUAUUCAAACACAAAUUCGUACAAAAAUUUUCAAUUUAUGUGCUAUGCCAACUUAUGAAAAGAAGUCCACGGAGGAACUUCGAUUAGAAGAUUAUCUAGAUAAUCGAAAAUUUCCAUCACCAACUACAAGUCCAUUUCCAUCAGCAUCAUCUACAACAUCUCUAUUUGGUGGACCAACAACAACAAAUCCUGCAACGAAUACAAGUAUUUUUGGUACAAAUACGACAACAACAUCAUCACCAUUAACUGCAACUUUAUUUGGAAAUAAGCCAGCUAUAUCCACAGCAUCAACAUUACCAUUUUCAUUCGGUGCUCCAACCACAACAACACCAGCACCAUUUUCAUUUGGUGCAUCGACAACAACUACAUCAAAUCCUACUGCUCCAUUUGGUAAUACAGUACCUACACCUGGAACUAUAACAUCAACGUCACCAUUUGCAUUCGGAGGCACUAGUCAAGCACCAACCACAACAACUAUACCAGCUUUUAGUUUUGGUAAUACUACUUCAUUAUUUCCAGCAGCUAAUACAACAACAGCUGGUUCAUCAUUUGGUUUUCCAACAGCAAAACCAACAACAAGUACAUUUUCAUUUACUCCAACAACAGCAACAUCAAUAGCGCCAUCAUUUAGUCUUUUUCCAACAGCAACAACUGCUGCUCCUACAUUAUUUACAACAUCAAAUCAACCAGUAACAACAUUAAAUGUAAUAAAUACACAAUCAUCUGUUGAUACACGAACUCAUUUACAAUUAUUUCAAACAAUGCUUAAUAUACAACCAUUUAAUAGUGAACUUGGCUUUCUUGCACGAAAUAUAAAACCAAAUAUUGGUCUUGAUCGAGCUCGAAUUCGUACUGUGCCUGAUUCUAGCAAUAGUCAUCCAUUAAACAAUGUAUUUUCUCCUCUUCUUGCAAAACCAUCUGUUCUUGCAUCAAGUACAUCAACACCACCAUCAACAUUAGCUAAUCCAUUACCAAAUCAUUCACAUACAUUACCAUCUGUUUUAUUACCAUCAUCGACAACAAAUACAUCAAUGAUUUUAUUUGGUAAACGUAAAUUAGCUGAUUCAUUUCUUGAUGAUGAUGAUGAUAAUUCAUUAAUGAUGGAUGAUGGACCAUCAUUAUCAAUUAAUAAAAUAUCUAAAACAAAUGUUCUUAAACGACCACGUAUACUUGAUAUGAAUAAAAUUCGUUCAGUUGUACUUGGAGGUGGUGGAACAGGAGGAGGAGGAGGAGGAGGAGGAGGAGGAGGAGGAGUAAAUAAUGAAAUUUUAACAAAAGAAGAAAAUUAUUCUGAUACAUUUAUUGUUAAAUCAACAUCAGAUAAUUUAUCUGGAUGGAAGAAAUUUUCAACUUAUGAUGCAUAUUUAGCAUCAAAAAAACAACAAAUUGAAAAUAUAAAAAUAUCUGAUGAUGAUGAUAAUAUUAAUAAUAAUGAUAAACAAAUAAAUUUUAAUGAAAAUAAAUUUGAACGAGAACGUGCUUUUCGUUUACCUAAAUUAACACAUGAUGAUUAUUAUACAAAACCCACAAUUGAUGAAUUACGUAAUUAUUUUAAUGAAAAAGGACAAUGUUUAGUUAAAGAAUUUACUGUUGGACGAGAACAUUAUGGUUCUGUGACAUUUCAAGGUUCAAAAAUCAAUUUAGCUGGUCUUGAUCUUAAUCAAUUAAUUGAAAUUGGUCGUAGACAAAUAACUGUUUAUCCUGAUGAUAAUAAUAAACCAGCUGAAGGUGAAGAAUUAAAUUGUCAAGCAAUAAUAUCUUUAUUAGGUGUUUAUCCAAUUGAUCGUUCAAUAUCAAAUAGUGGCGAAGAAGUAACUGAUCCUGAUAGAUUAAUUGAAAUGAAUUAUGGAAAUUAUUUACGUGAUAUGACUAAAAAAUUUCAUGGACAAUUUCUUGAUUAUGAUGUUUAUACAGGAACAUGGACAUUCAAAGUUGAACAUUUCUAA